CCAAUAGUAAGAGGGAAUGAGACUCUCCUGUAACUUCUGAUUGGUGAACUGAUCUGGACAAUAUGAAUGGCAAAAUGUAUUGUUCGACGUCUCCUCAAAGAGUAGCAACUUUGUGGUUCUCUAACUUAAGGCAGGUCCGUUAAAUUGGCAUACUUGAGCCAUUCCUCUUUAAAUUUAACCGAUAAAAGCUUCACGACUAACAAGAACACAUGGAGGAGAUUCAGAGAAGUGUUUGAUUUGGUUAAUUUGGCGUCGUACGGAGACAACUGUUGAGCACUAGUGCUGGUGGGUGAUAGCAGAGCCUGCCCUGGAGAUGGGGGACCGGGAGCCGCCAGCGUUUGGGUCCCUGGAGGAAGAGCUGGAGUACUGGAAGGAGCAGGCUGCCAAGCACCAGCAGAGUGCAGAGGAAGCUCAGGAGGAAUUGCAGGAGUUUCAGCAGAUGAGCCGGGACUACGAGGUGGAGUUGGAGACGGAGCUGAAACAGUGUGAGGCGCGAAACCGCGAGCUUCUCGCUGCCAAUAACCGCCUGCGCAUGGAACUGGAAAGCUAUAAGGACAAGUAUGAGAUGCAGCACUCUGAGGCCUGUCGGCAGAUCUCCAGCCUGGAGGGAGACCUGGCUGAAACCUCGGCCAUCCGAGAGCAGCUUCACAAAUACAUCAGAGAGCUGGAGCAGGCCAACGACGACCUGGAGCGGGCCAAGAGGGCAACCAUCAUGUCACUGGAGGACUUUGAGCAGAGGAUGAACCAGGUCAUAGAGAGGAACGCCUUCCUCGAGAGCGAGCUGGACGAGAAGGAGAAUCUCUUGGAGUCCGUCCAGAGACUGAAGGACGAAGCCAGAGACCUGAGGCAGGAGCUUGCUGUGCAGCAAAAACAGCAGGUACAGGACAGGAAGCCGUCCCUCAGCAGCGCAGCCAAAGACCUUUCAUCAUCAACUUCCUCCUCCUCGGCCGGGCUGCCCACCCCUCCUCUCACCCCGUCAGACAAAAAAACAGAAGACAAACCCACGUCUCCGUCCUCUAACCAACCGCUUCCCUCCGUCGCCACGCCAUCCAAACCAGCCUCCACAGAGCCCUUCAGCACCCCGCAGUCCUCCGUCAGCAGAGGUGAAAGCCUCUCCGGGACCCCCCUCACCACGUCGGCGAGGAUCUCGGCUUUGAACAUCGUCGGAGAGCUGCUGAGGAAAGUCGGGAGCCUUGAGUCCAGGCUGGCGUCAUGUCGGGAAUAUAUCCACGAGCAGGCGGCUAAUCGCAGAACCCACACUGGUGGACAGGGGGCAGCAGCGGGUCAGAACAACUCCUCAGAGAAUCAUCCAACCAACGGCCUCUACAACAAGGGGCUCGUUAAGAGGUUGGACUUAGGAGCUGGAUCCAAGCUGCUGCUGUGAAAGUAGAAAUGCUGCUCGGCCCGUCGUCUCCGUCCACCCCGGACCUCCCGAACGUCACACAGGUAUCACCCUCGUUACCUCUUCAGGACACGGUCACACGAAGCUCUGCGGACUCGUUACUUCGGACACGUCGGGAUGUUUUUGUUCAUUAACAGGACUUCUUCUCAGCACUCGCACUUGGCUUUGAGCUAAUCUCCAGAUCCCUCUCAGCUCCUUUUCUGUGGAUUUGUGCAGUUUUUUUUUUGCACCUUGUUUUUUUUUUUUUUUUUUCCUCUCCCUCUAAAGUUUGGUUCAGAUUAAACACAAAGCAAGCUUUAGAGACCUUUUGCUUUGUCUUUGUCUGAAUGCACUUUAAAGUGAACACUGGAUGGGCACUUUCAUGCACAUAACAGAAAAAAACUGUCUUUAAACCUCCUGACAGUCAAAAAGCUUCAACCAACAACAGAGUGUCUGUAAUUUCACACAGAGGGAAGACAGUAAGCACAUGUGGUAGAGUAGAAAAAAUAAAUUUUUACAUUUUUACAGGUUGAGGAGGAUCAGAGACUUUGACCCAAAUUCCUGAGGGCUGGGCAAUGUGUUGAUCUGGCAAAAUGCAUCGAUAUGCCUUCAAAAGCAAUACACACUGUUUGAUGUAAUUAGAUUUUUGUUAUAUAAAGCAUGAAUGACUUGACAUUUAAUGGUACAUGUUACCUUAAUGUUUAAAUUGCACACGUGGCAACAGAUGACAAAGUUUGCUGGUUUGUGGAAACAACUCGCAAACACAAACACAGAUUUUUACCUCGCAGAGACCCAGAUUUACCCAUCAGUUCACAUCCAAAAUACCUGCAGGGCUUCGACGACUCUGUUACAUCCCCAGAAAGCAAUAACACGAACUAACCAACCAAUCGAGGCAGCUCCUGCUGCUCUGGGGGGGUAAACUUCCUGUUUUCUGUGAACAGAGUCAGACGGAGUGCAACAGCAAAACUGAAGUCUUCCAAAUAGUCACUUAAACCAAUAUUCUUUUUUUUUAGGUUAGUGUGCCUGGGAGCGUGGCCUACUGCCACCUAGUGCAGGUAAACACACUGAUGGUUCAAACCUCAGACAGGAAAUGGUGAGAAUGAAAGGUUGAAAAUGGUUUUACUGAGUUUCCAGGAAGUCUCAGCGGCUCCUGAGAAACCAGCUGCUUCGGUCUGUUCCUGAACGUGCAUGUGACGCUCACGUUGCUCUGAGAUGUGUAAUGCGUUAAGCCUGAAAUGUUCUCUGUCCAGAGUUUUUGAAGGAUCUUGUGACACCUAGUGACAGUUAUGGUUGCAUUUGUUUUAAUGUGUUUAUAACGACUUGAAGGUGAAAAGUUGCCGCCUCUGCAGCCUCGUUCUCUGUGGUUCGCUCUUUGCCUUCUGGUUCUCUGGCAGUUUUUCAUGAUUUUCAUUUGUUUUCCAAAGAUGGCUGUUCGUUUUCUCUCCCUGCAUGACUGAGCUGAGUGCCAGAGGAAGUAUGGAAAUGUGCCACAAGGAAGCAGAGUGUAAAGCUUGAGUUUGUCUAGUUUUUUUGGGGUGUUUAGGGUGAAGUUUUCUUAGACCUAAACAGCAAUCUCAGACUAAAAUCUGAAAGUAAGAUGAAAUGAAGGAAAAACCUGUAUCUGACAUUUGUUAAAUCUCCCCUUUGAGUUCCUCUCUUUACACACCCUUCGACUUCUAGCAUAUAAAACUGAUGAGCUACUGAUUUGAUAUAGAUGAAUGAAAUUGGUAUAAGAUGGAUUGUUGUCCUAGAGUAGAUUGAGAUGGACAGAGCACACUGAACAGAUUUGAUUGGGUUUAUUAAGGUUAUUAGCUGAACUAGCGAGCUUUAGAAUCAGCUCAGGUUUGUCAUUAAUGACCUGAUUGUAGAAGAAUCUGAGUGUUUUUUUUUUUUUUUUUUUCCCCACAGAUUAAGUUUAUAUUUGGGGCGACCGGAGGGCAAUCUGUGUGUGUGUGUGUGCGUGUGUGCGCUACAGAGGAGCUUCUGGCAUUCAUAAUUCUGAUCUCUGUAAACACUUCAUGACGAAUAACUGAUCGAUAUUAUGAGCUGCCUCUCAUCCUGCUGGUGAUGCUACUCCACCCUCUUGGACUGUAACUGGUAGUUCUUGGUCUGCUCUGCAGCCUUGGCGAGCUCCGUGCGGUGCCACAUAAACCAGUUCUCCACCCACUUUGAGUUUGGAGUGGACCUUCAGGGCAGAAGAGCAACUAUCUUCACCAUCUGCAGUCCAGGAUGGUUGAGCUUGGGUAGCUGACUGCAGGACUUUCUGAACAAGCAGCUUAAUGACUUCUUUCAAAAUAAGAGCAAGAGCAUUGUACACUAGCAGUGUCCAAAAAUGUCCACCCCUAACAGCCAACAGGAUGAGGAAGAGUCCAACUGACAGCUGCAAUCAAGUUCCAGUAGCACAUUUUCAGAACUUACUAGGAAGUCUUCCUUUUGUCCAAGCCCCCACUCUUUUGUUUAGUCCUGUUAAAAGUUAAACCACAUGCCUCUAGAUGCCCUCAAAUGGUGGCAGUAGGCUCAUCCUCCAUUUCUGAUUGAUCGUGUCAGGAGAAUCUCAGCCGAUGGGCUGAAGUAGAAAUAUAUUUUUGACUCGCACAUUUACCUCCAUUCAUGUCAUCCAGCACAAAUUUGUUAGUCUCCCUCUUUGCGUAAUGCUUUGAUCUCUCAGGAGGAUGAAACGGAUAAGCCUGAGAAAAUGUUAGAAUAAAGCUCGGUUUGCCCAUUGAAUCAAUCCUUUGUGUGGGAAAUGCCAAAUUUGACGUGGUCCCCGGAGAACCUUCCCUUUGGACCAAGGGUUUUAUUCUAGAAAUAUUACAAUUUAAUCUGCAGACAUUAAUGUCUGUACAAUUCAUUCCACAGACAUUAAUGUCUGUGGAAUGAACCUUUAUGACUUAUUGUAAAUUCCUGCAUUAAAAAAAAACUUCUAAAUCUUCCAAAAUAAACCAAAGCUACUGACAGAAUGUGAAGAAAUAACUGCUAUAAAUGUAUGCCCAAGAAUGGAGCCUCGCUAUAAUUAAUGUAACUUGUUACUUGUAUAAGACGGUCCAGAAAGGAAACCAGGCAGUAUUUUUUUUUUUUUUUGGUUUGUUUUAAAUGGUGUCCUGGGAAAGCAGUCGCACACAUCAAAAACCAUUUCAGCAGAGCCACUAGUGAAAUGCUGCCCUCUGCUGGUGAAAGUUUACAGGCGGUAGUUGUAAAAAAUACCAUUAAUGACCCUCAGGACAUUUCAGAUAAGUUUAUAUGAUUGGGAGAAUAUUUGUUCUGUCCACAUGUUUGGAAUAAAGUUAACAUUUCUAGAUGUUAGAUGAUUCUAAUGAUGGAGAUUUGUGAGGUGUGUAUGGCAGACGGGUAGUUUAGGCACUUUUUAAGGCUUUGGAGAUGUUAGAUUAGAUAAAUCCCUCUGCAGAGCUACUUCUCUUUCCAGGAGUGAAAUCUGAAACAUCUGUUUCUGAGGAGAUUCGAAUACUUCAGUGAAGGCUGCUCGUGUUUUAUGUUAAAAAGUAUGUCGUAGUGUUAUCCACUCACUGUAGGGUCACUAUAAUGUAGGAUGAGGAUGCUUAGGUCGGGUUGCUCGGGUCUUGAGGCAGGACUUGUUGUGAGUAGCUGCUCAGGGUGGGUGUAAAGCCUCAGCAGAGGCUUUGUGGUGUUUUUUUUUUUUUUUUUUUUUUGCCUUAUGUGACUCU